AUUAAUAAAACAACUAAAAGAGAAAAAUAACGAAACCAAACACGGUUCGUUGCCACCCACUACCCUGUUUACGCUUCCAUAACAGAGCACAAAUCAAGCACAUCAUCACGUCCUAUACCCUCCAAGAACUCAGACAAGAUUCUCGGUAUACAUAAAAAUUUUCAGUUUUUUUUUUUAAAUUCAUUUCUGGGUUUGUGGAGAAAGAUCGAUCAAUCGAUCGUAAAGAUGGGAGCAUACAGGGCAGACGACGAUUACGAUUAUCUGUUCAAAGUAGUUCUGAUCGGAGAUUCAGGUGUCGGAAAAUCCAACCUCUUGUCGAGAUUCACAAAAAACGAGUUCAGUCUCGAGUCCAAAUCCACCAUCGGCGUCGAGUUCGCUACCAGGAGCGUCCAUGUCGACGACAAGAUCAUCAAAGCCCAGCUCUGGGACACCGCCGGCCAGGAACGAUACAGAGCCAUCACGAGCGCAUACUACAGAGGAGCGGUGGGAGCGUUGUUGGUGUACGACAUAACUCGGCACAUAACGUUUGAGAACGUGGAGAGGUGGCUGAAGGAGCUGAGGGACCACACGGACGGAAACAUCGUGAUAAUGCUGGUCGGAAACAAGGCCGACCUCCGUCACCUCCGGUCCGUACCCACCGACGAGGCCAAGUCCUUCUCCGAGAGGGAAAACAUGUUCUUCAUGGAGACCUCUGCCCUCGAUUCCACCAACGUCGAGCCCUGUUUCACUCACGUCUUGACUCAGAUCUACCGAGUCACCAACCGGAAAACCCUCGACCCUGGCUCAGAUUCCGCGGCUCUCCCCAAGGGGCAGACCAUCGAUAUUGGGACCAAGGAUGACGUCACGGCUGUCAAGUCCACCGGAUGCUGCUCCGGUUGACUCUUUCUUGUCUGUGUUCUAUUGUUUUUUAAUGACCUGUUUUGUAUCUUUCUGGAGGGAGGUAAACCGGUUUGCAUAAUUUUCUUCUGAAUUUUUGGUUCUUGUCUGAUAAAUCCGAAUUACGGGGCUGUUCUUCA